UCGCUAUAUUUUAUGCCCGUUUGGCAAUACAUUGACCACUGGUUGUCAUUCAAUCUGGACAUCGAUCGCAAUACUUCAGAAAUUGUCAAAUCACGUGGUUUUCAAUCGGAAACACAUUAUGUCGAGACAGCCGACGGUUAUGUCUUGACAGUCAUCCGUAUAGUUAACCCAUAUGUCAAAAAUCGGUUGCUAUUGAAGCCGAUACUAUUGCAACACGGCUUUCAAUCCAGUUCCGACUCAUGGCUUUUAGCAUCUAUGGGACAGUUGACCGGUGAAAGAGGGUAUGUGGAAGAUUGGAUGCCCACAACAAACAAUGGCCACAACAAAAUGGGCAAUAGUUUAGGAUUUGUUUUGGCCGCCAAUGGCUUUGAUGUCUGGUUGGCUAAUAUGCGUGGAAAUCGGUAUUCAUUAAAUCACAUACACUUAUCAAGUUAUGACUCAAAGUUUUGGCGUUUUUCUAUCGAUGAGAUGAUUGAAUACGAUUUGCCGGCAAUGAUAGAGUAUAUCAAAAAGCAAACAAAAAAAGAUCAAAUUGGCUAUAUUGGCCAUUCACAGGGCAACUAUAUGAUGUUUUCGUUGUUGGCCACACAACCGCACUAUACAAACACUAUUAAGCCAUUUAUAGCCAUAUCUCCCGUUUCCUAUUUAGGCAAUUCAACAUCACCUUUAUAUAAAAUAAUACAUUAUGUCUACUCGCUUCUCAGAAAAUCCGAGUCAUCAAUUUUAUUAGCAGAUAGACCAUUGAAAUUAUUUGCCAAACUAUGCGACACUACCUACUGGGCUCAGGUAGUCUGCUAUCGGUUAUACUAUUUGUUUCUAGGUUUUCAACGUUCACAAUGGAAUAUGACAAGGACAGGGGUCUACAUUUCAAACAUACCGUCCGGCGGCAGCAGUUGGAAUGCCGCCCAUCUAUAUCAAGUAUGGCGGUCUAACCGUCCCGAACGGUAUGAUCAUUGGGACUCCCGGGACAAUGAGCGGCGGUAUAACUCGUCCGUACCGUUGGCCUACAGUAUGGAAGCCAUAGACUCUAUAGACAUUGCGUUUAUCUAUGCGGCUAACGAUUGGCUCAAUCAUGUCGACGACGUCCGCCUAUUGAAAGAUCGUCUAAAAGUUAAAUUAUUGGACGACUAUCUAGUGCCCGAUAGUACCUGGAAUCACAUUGAACUAGUAAUGGGUACCAGUGCUGUACUAACGGUACUAUCAGUGGUAGUCAAUGGUCAGCCUCGGCCGCAGCCACAGUCACGAGUCAAACACUACCCGAAAGUAACAGUCAAAUCGUGUGGUAUCGGCAGACAGUCAUACAAAUAUCAGUCCAAAACAUUUAUCGGCAAAUGUUUUAAAUGGCACAGUAGUAGUAGUAAUGGUGCUUAUGGUGGUUAUGGUGGUGGUGGUGGUGGUAAUGUACCGGAAAAUUUACAAUAUGGACAGACAGCCGUACUGGGAGAUUGGCCAUGGAUUGCUUAUAUUAAAUUAGAAAAAUACUCGUUUAGGUCUAUUUCAGUGAUUACAUGUACAGGCGUUAUAUUAAACAAACAAUGGAUUAUAACGGCAGCCCAUUGUAUUGGAAAAGAUUAUACUAUAACAGUACGUAUAGUUCAAGACACCAGAGAUAAUAGGCAUACAUACGGUGUGGACAAGUGGUUCAUACAUCCCAUGUUCAAUGUAGACCCUGACCUAACCAACUAUGAUAUGGCAUUAGUCAAAUUGGUCGGUAAUAUUUGGGAACUAUGGGAAGAGGACAGUUGGAAAGCAUAUCCACGGGUUAACGGUAUUUGUUUGCCCGACUACUAUCUGAACAUCAAAACCAGUUACGCCAACGAAUGGGCACUGAUGGCCGGUUUCGGUAUGACUGAUUUCGGCGUCGAUAAUAUGGGACCAUUGUAUACGGGUUGGGCUAAGAUUAGACAUUAUGACAAUCAAUCAGAUGGUACUAUAUAUGCUCAAAGAUAUCCACCGAAAGUUGGUCCGGGUAUUUGUCAGGGUGACUCUGGCGGUCCAUUGAUUCAGUACGAUAUGUCUGGUCAUCUGCGAGAUAGUGGUCGGGCAGUACUUAUUGGUAUUACUUCUGCAGGUGAUGGCAAUGAAUGUCUGGAUACUACUUAUAGAUUAAAUAAUAUGUAUUUUACUCGUGUGUCUAAAUUAGUUCAAUGGAUUGUUGAUAUUGUUAGAAAUAAUUAA